GGGAACUUCCGGCGUCGUAACGCAGGCGUGCGCCGCCGAGUUCGCUCUCUUCGGCGGUCUCCACGAGCGGCGCCGCCAUGUCUUACCCCGGUGAUGAUUAUGAGUCGGAGGCUGUCUACGACCCUUACGCGUAUCCCAGCGACUAUGAUAUGCACACAGGAGACCCGAAGCAAGACCUGGCUUACGAGCGUCAGUAUGAACAGCAGACCUAUCAGGUGAUCCCGGAAGUGAUCAAAAACUUCAUCCAGUAUUUCCACAAGACGGUGUCGGAUCUGAUAGACCAGAAGGUGUACGAGCUGCAGGCCAGCCGGGUCUCCAGCGAUGUCAUCGACCAGAAGGUGUAUGAGAUCCAGGACAUCUAUGAGAACAGCUGGACUAAGCUGACUGAGAGAUUCUUCAAGAAUACUCCUUGGCCGGAGGCUGAAACCAUCGCCCCGCAGGUUGGCAACGAUGCCGUCUUCUUGAUUUUGUACAAGGAAUUAUACUACAGGCACAUAUAUGCCAAAGUCAGUGGGGGACCGUCCUUGGCCCAGAGGUUUGAAUCCUACUACAACUACUGCAAUCUCUUCAACUACAUUCUUAAUGCUGAUGGUCCUGCUCCCCUUGAACUUCCCAACCAGUGGCUGUGGGAUAUCAUCGAUGAGUUCAUCUAUCAGUUCCAGUCCUUCAGCCAGUACCGCUGUAAGACGGCCAAGAAGUCCGAGGAGGAGAUCGACUUCUUGCGCUCCAAUCCCAAAAUCUGGAAUGUGCACAGCGUCCUCAAUGUCCUGCACUCCCUGGUGGAUAAAUCCAACAUCAACCGGCAGCUGGAGGUGUACACCAGCGGAGGUGACCCUGAGAGUGUGGCUGGGGAGUACGGGCGCCACUCACUCUACAAGAUGCUCGGCUACUUCAGCCUCGUGGGGCUCCUGCGCCUUCACUCGCUGCUCGGAGAUUACUACCAGGCUAUUAAGGUGCUGGAGAACAUCGAGCUCAACAAGAAGAGCAUGUACUCCCGUGUGCCAGAGUGCCAGGUGACCACCUACUACUACGUUGGCUUUGCAUACUUGAUGAUGCGACGUUACCAGGAUGCCAUCCGGGUCUUUGCCAACAUCCUCCUCUACAUCCAAAGGACCAAGAGCAUGUUCCAGAGAACCACGUAUAAGUAUGAGAUGAUCAACAAGCAGAACGAGCAGAUGCACGCGCUGCUGGCCAUCGCGCUCACCAUGUACCCGAUGCGGAUUGACGAGAGCAUCCACCUGCAGCUGCGGGAGAAGUAUGGCGACAAGAUGCUGCGCAUGCAGAAGGGCGACCCGCAGGUCUACGAGGAGCUCUUCAGCUACUCGUGCCCCAAGUUCCUGUCGCCUGUGGUGCCCAACUAUGAUAAUGUGCACCCCAACUACCACAAGGAGCCCUUCCUGCAGCAGCUGAAGGUGUUCUCUGAUGAGGUGCAGCAACAGGCGCAGCUCUCGACCAUCCGCAGCUUCCUCAAGCUCUACACCACCAUGCCCGUGGCCAAGCUGGCCGGCUUCCUGGACCUCACCGAGCAGGAGUUCCGCAUCCAGCUGCUCGUCUUCAAGCACAAGAUGAAGAACCUGGUGUGGACCAGCGGCAUCUCUGCCCUCGACGGCGAGUUCCAGUCAGCCUCUGAGGUCGACUUCUACAUCGAUAAGGACAUGAUCCACAUUGCUGACACCAAGGUCGCCAGGCGCUAUGGGGAUUUCUUCAUACGUCAGAUCCACAAAUUUGAGGAGCUUAAUCGAACCCUGAAGAAGAUGGGACAGAGACCCUGAGGACAUGUCUGUGUUAGUUGGUCACCUGUUCUGAUGCCACUGUGGACAUCAGUGCUUUUGGCACUGGAAGCCUGUCCCUGGGCAGCCCUCAGCCUGCCAGCUGGGUGAGAUGUGUUUGAAUUGAGAUAUUCUGAGCAGACCUGAGUAAAAGAUGUUUGGAGCCAGA